UUGGGUGUUUUUCAGUAGAAUAUAAUGGUGAUCUAUUGGUUCCCAUCUGGCAUCAAUAGAACCCAACUAUUACCAGUAGAGACUCAUAGGGGCGCUUUCCCGGACAGGGUUUAGGUUAAUCCAGGACUAGGCCUUAUUCAUAUAAGGACAGCUAGAAUGUUGCUCGACGAGAGUCCGCUGUUUGAUCCAUCUCUUCUCCAUGAGCUGGACUGGAGCAGCAACAAUGUCUCCUUCUCCCCCCAAAUCUCCCCCCUGCAGCCUGGUGAUUGUCUGGUGCUCCGACCCCUCUGUACUGCUGACCUAGACAGAGGAUUCUACAAAGUCUUAUCACAGCUCACAGAAGCUGGGGAUGUGACAGAAGAGCAGUUCAAAGCAAAAUUUGAACAUAUGAAGAGAACUGGAGACUAUUAUGUUAUAGUGGUGGAAGACACAAAUCUUGGACAGAUUGUUGCCACCGCAACGCUUAUCAUCGAACACAAAUUCAUCCAUUCUUGUGCAAAGAGAGGACGUGUGGAGGAAGUGGUUGUAAGUGAUGUUUGCCGAGGAAAACAGCUCGGAAAAUUGUUGGUAUCGACAUUGACCCUCCUUAGCAAAAAAUUACAGUGCUACAAAGUAACUCUGGAGUGCGCGCCGAACAAUGUGGAAUUCUAUAAGAAGUUGGGCUACUCGGCAUCACACGAGACUUACAUGCAGUGCCGUUUCUUUGACUGAACCCAGACGGAUCUAGAACAUUGCAGAAUGUUCGCUGAAGAAUUAUGAGCUGUUGUGAGGUCUUUUCUCUAAAAUGGUUAAAUCAGACUACCUCAAAGUUGCACCUUUCAGCCAGCAAAAAAGUAAAAAUAAGUCUUGACAGGUCUCAGUGAAAGGUUAUGUGACAUUAAAUAAAUAUCAUGGAAUGAGCAUUUUAAGUUUACCGUAACAGAACAAAAUGGAUUUUGUCUAAAUGUCAGCAGUCAAUGUCAAGCACUUACAUCAAUAUUGAAAAACGAUUUUAUAAAAAAGACCUCUUUAUUGGAAUUUGCAAGAGAAGCUGAAGUAUGAUCUGAUCAUGUAUUGUACAAAUCACUAUGGCCUGUCAAAGAGAAAAGACACCAUUGGUUUAUCAUAUGUACUUGAAUAAUUUACCAUGAUAAUUUAAUACAGAGAUUAUCUUUUUGUAUAGGUGAUGUUUUCACUUUUGAAAUAGUUUUAAUAAUAUGCUAUUUACAAACUGCAUGGUGAAGGUUUUACUCUUACUGUUAUGCUAUAUGUCCUAUAUGAACUUAAUCACAUUUGACAUUAUAAGUUAUUUAAAUGCAUUGAAUUUAAUUUAAUCUCAUAUUUUUCUGUCCUCCAGGUACUUGGCUUUAAUGUAGAGAACAAUGAUAUAAAAGUUUACAUUUAUUUAUUAUACUUAUGUGUUUGUCACACGAAGUUGGCUUUAGUUUAAGCCACUGGUGAGGAGUUAUGUGCAAAACAGAAUGAAGGCAAAUAAAUUAUUUUGUUGUAAAAUAUAUCCUAAUGCAACAAGUUCAUCUUUAUACAAUAAAUUCAUUUAUUUUUAUACUUUUAUCGAUGGCAAAAAGGGGCAUUGAGUUGGAUAGCACUCAUCUGUCAAUCAACAACUUAAUAUGUGAUAGUAAUUUUUUAAAACUGUUAUUAAAACCAAUGACAAGAUGGUGAAUGGGUUUAAACUGUUACUUUACUCUUGUAUUGUAUUUAAAUAAAGGUUUUGAUUUUUUA